AUGUACGGAGUACCGGGAUCAGAGCUAUCUCAGGGCCCAGAUCCCCCUCCCCCGCGGCCCUGGUAUUUCGAUCUGAACCGCUCGGAAUCGAGACUGACAGCUCCGGUCACGAACUCCGCGCGAGAAGACGGUAGUCCGAAUGGUAUCGCCAUUGGAUGGGACUUGACGGUCGAAGAGCCGCGCUGGAUUGCUAAAGGCUCCCACCCCCGUUGCCUUGGGGGCAACCGUGCGCUUCGAAGUGACUAG